AUGUCUACCAACAACAACCGAUCUCUCCUCCUCGACGGCGAUGCGCAGCUCAUCACGUACCUUCUCUUCACCAAGUUUCCGACCCUCCAGGCUCCGCAGCGACGCAGCCUCUUCAACGAUCUCUUCGCCACUGAACUCGCCGCCAUUCCUUACAACGAGCCCGCCAACAUCCACGCUCGCCUGGAAGAGCAGUUCAUCUUCCUCGACAUUGGCGGCAGCGAUGACGCCGUGUGGGACGGCAUAUACCUCAACAACACUCACAUCGAGAUGUGCAAGCGUGACGAUUGGAUCACGAGAAUCAGAGAGGCUGCGCACAUCCGCGGCAUUGAGAUUCCUGAGGACAACGGCCAUCACGACUGCGAAGACGCGACGUGCUACAUGAAUGACCACGAGGCUUCUGCAACGCGUCAAUACACGCCACCCUUCCAGCAACGCGAGCGUCGGGCGCGUGAGGAGAAGGAGGCAAACGACAGGGAGUUUGAGGGAGACAGUCGCCUCGUCCUGCACCUCCUCUUCACGCACUACACCGACCUGACCAACCCCGAACGCCGCAGUAUCUUCAACAAGGUGUUCGCGAACGAGCACCUUGCGAGGGAUAUGGAGUACGGAGUGGAGCAUGUGCAAGAUUUGGUGAACAUGUACGAUCAGCGUCUCGACGAUCCGGAAGACUUCGUAUGGAAAGCGAUACUGCGGGAGGAUCAGACAGAGUACCAGCUUCGCAACCGCGAUCGCUGGACUGGUUUGCUGAAGAUUCGUGCGGAAGAGGAGGGCAUCGAGUUGCCGGACAGUGGUGAUGAGGAUAGCGAUUGGGAUGGGGAGGAUGAGGAGGAGAUGGCCAUCAAGAAUGACACCGAGGACUACCGCACUGAGAUGGCGGACUUCAUCGAGAGGCGCACGAGAGCCGACCCAUGA